GCCGUGACGCGUGCGGAAGCGUCCUGCGGGCCCUCCGAGGCCGUCGGGGCAGCCGGGCGGCGACGGCCACUGCGAGCGCCGGGGCUCCGGGGGCCUGGGCUCGGCUCGGCAGGCCGCAUGAGUCGGGACGGCAUGCCGCAGCCCGGCGCGUGGCCGGGCGCUAGCUGCGCCGAGAGCGCGGCGCGGGAGGGCGGGAAGGCGGCGGCGCGGUGCCCGGCCGAGCAUGAGGAGGACAUGUACCGUGCCGCAGAUGAAAUAGAAAAGGAGAGAGAAUUGCUUAUACAUGAAAAAGGGGCAUCAGAACCCAGAUUAAGUGUGGCUCCUGAAAUGGAUAUCAUGGACUAUUGCAAAAAAGAAUGGCGGGGACAUACACAGAAAGCGACGUGUAUGAGAAAGGGCUACGAGGAGGUUUCUCAGAAAUUUACCUCCAUCCGGCGAGUCCGCGGAGAUAACUACUGCGCUCUGAGGGCCACACUGUUCCAGGCAAUGAGCCAGCUGGCGGAGCUGCCCCGCUGGCUGCAGGACCCGGAGCUCACACUGUUACCAGAAAAACUCAUAAGUAAGUACAGCUGGAUCAAGCAAUGGAAACUUGGACUGCAAUUUGAUGGGAACAGUGAGGACCUGGCUGUCAGAAUCACAGCAUCUCUCGCUUUGCUGAGAAAGAAGUGGGCAGGCUUGGCUGAAAUGAGAACUUGUGAAGCAAGGCAGAGAGCAUGUGAUGAGCUGUUCACAAAUGAGGAGGAGGAGUACAGCCUGUAUGAAGCUGUAAAAUUCUUAAUGCUAAACAGAGCCAUUGAACUGUACGAUGACAAAGAGAGGGGAAAAGAGGUACCGUUUUUCUCUGUGCUUCUGUUUGCCCGGGACACAUCAAAUGACCCUGGACAACUGCUGAGGAACCACCUGAACCAGGUGGGACACACUGGUGGCCUUGAACAGGUGGAGAUGUUCCUUCUUGCCUAUGCUGUUCAGCACACCAUCCAGGUGUACCGGCUCUCCAAGUACAACACGGAGGAGUUCAUCACCAUCUAUCCCACGGAGCCGCCUCCGGACUGGCCAGCGGUGACCCUCCUUACCGAGGAUGAUCGGCACUACAACGUCCCCGUCCGAGUGUGUGAGGAGACGAGUCUGUGAGCGCCGCCCUGCACCUGCUCCUGGACUGGCGGAGCUGUCCAUGCAGUCCCCUGCUGGGGCCUCAGGGACAGGCUGGGGACACUGGGCCCUUGGCUGUACCGGCUGGGCUCCUCUGCAGACUUUGCCCUUGUGUGGGACGCAGUAUGUUUUGGGGUCAGGGAGGGUCUGUCCACGCACACCUGCUGGAAGGCACAAACAGCAUCUCCCUAAUGGGGCAAGUACCUUUGUAUCAGAGGAGACUCACUUUGGAGAGGAACAAAUUUCUUAUGUCUCAAAUCAAAACUGUAAUAGUGAAAUGCUUUUAAUUUUCUUUUUAAAGACAUACUUUGUUUUAUG